AUGAGCCUUCCAUCCCGCGCGCUGCUAGCUCUAGUGGCCCUUUCUUCUCUGUCGCUAGCUAAGGAGGUUGGUUAUUUCGAGCCAUCCUCCUGCGCUGACCCCAAGAGCUUGACAAUCUGCUAUGAGAAGGUUGAUGCGAACUACUCGAACUGCGUAAACAACAAUUGCGCCGGAGGAGGUCAAGCGUGCUACAAUUCAUGUGGUGGAAGUACAUCCUGCAUGAACGAGAAAUGUCCUGGCCUGGGACUCGACUGCAUCAAAGCUUGUGAAUGUGAAAAGUCCGCCCUCCAGAUCGAUUGCGCAGGCCAGAGUUGUUGGAACCAGGUCUACUCUUGCGAGUACCAAAGUACAGUCAUAGACUUCCUCGGCGUCUGUCUUAAUCCUAACCGAGAUGGUUUACCAUAUUGGCCGACACCCGAUGAUGCCCCCGAUUCCUGUUCCUGCAACCUCGGCAAAGUCGAACUAAAAGAAUAUCUAAUCAACAAUCAACUCACCGAGUGCUCGAAUAACGCUACAAACCUCAAUCAAAUGACCGAUACUCAAGCUAUGAUUGAUUACGGCCAAGCGUGCAUGUGUUGUGGAUGGAGCGCUAUUAUCUCCGCUAUCUGGGAUACCUGCCCUGACACUAAACCCUCUCUACUGAGUGCAGAUGAAUGGUUUGCCGCCGUUCUCAAUCCCGGCAAAUGGGAAGAAUGCGGACCAUACCUCGAGGCGUAUGAUUGUGCCAACGACCUGGGCUUUGGGCGUGCCGAUGCCGGAGGGACUAACAACUUCCCCCGUCCCAACAGCAUGCCGACCAAUGGAACGAAAACCAUGUCUAACGUCGGCGGCACCGUCUCUACCCCAGUCAGUGGUGAUACCUUCACAUGGAUGUUUGGUUCGGCUACCAACGCGGUGAUUCAUACUGUUACUGUGUCCGCAGCAGAUGCUACUGCUACCGGUACGAAGGCCGGUAGUGGCGCGAGUGAUAUUACCGCAACGGGUAGUAGUGCAACUGGUACAGCAGAGAGUGACGCAAAGCCUGGGAUGGGAUCUUCUUUGAUCGUGCCCUCUUGGGCAAUCGCUGGAAGUGUUGGUGCCUUGAUACUCUCGGCACUGUAA